AUGCACGAGCCAGUCAUUGCCCCAUUCUUUGUCGUUUUCUACUCAAUCCUCGCUGCUAUCAGUGCCCCGGCCAACUUGCUGGCGUUCAUUAUUCUAUUGCGAGGACGGUGUGGUCUCUCAAGGGGUAUCACCUACUACCUGGUGGCGAUCGCAGUGAGUGACUUCCUUGUCAUUACUACUGCAGUCAUUCUCAAUCGAAUCAGCCGCAUCUGUUUUCGGAAAAGUCUCUUCUCCACCACUCCUGCAUGCACUCUCAGUGUCGUAUUGGUCAAUGCCAGUCUGGAUUGCUCGGUGUGGCUGACAGUGGCCUUUACCAUCGAUCGCUUUGCAGCCAUCUGCUAUCAGAGACAGAAGACCAGAUUCAGCAAUGAGAAGACCGCAUUACUGGUUAUAGGAAUGAUCUGUGUUCUGUGUUCCGUCAAGACCAUCCCUUUGUACUUUGCAUUCCUGCCCUUGUUCAUUUUGGAUGGGGUAUCAUGGUUUUGCAACAUCAAAGCCAGCUUCUAUACCUGGCCAGUAUGGCAAGCAUAUGAUUGGUUGUUUCGUAUCAUGACACCUUUUCUCCCAUUCUUUGUCAUUCUGCUGCUAAACAUCCUUACCAUAAGACAAAUCAUAGCGGCCAACAGAGCUCGCAGGAGGCUCUGGGGUGCCGAAAAUCGACAAGAUCCAGAAAUGGCCAACCGCCAAAGGUCCAUUGUCUUGCUGUUUGCCAUUUCUCUCAGUUUCCUCCUCAUGUUGUCCCCUGUUGUUGGACAUUUUAUCUAUGUGUGUCUGAAAGCUAAGAGUGACUUUGAUGGACUGGAUUUCAGGAACCCGAAGUACAUAUUUGAAGAGAGCACCAACAUACUCCAGUUACUUAGUUCCUGCAACAACGUCUUCAUCUACUCUGUCUCACAGAAUUUGUUUUGA